AUGUCUGGGGGCUCAGAGAGUGAUGACUGUGUAACAGCUAAUGGGAGGGUUCACAUUCCUGAAGUAAGAAAUGAGGAAACACCAGCAGUUGGGAUGCAGUUCGACUCGCUUGACAUCGUUUAUAAUUUCUAUAAUAGAUAUGCAUUCUUGGCUGACUUUGGUAUUCGACUUCAUUCCAACUUUUGGGGGAAAAAUAAGAAAGAGAUUCUAAGGAAAGAAUUUGUAUGUUGCAAACAAGGUGCAUACGGGAAAGAUGAAACUCGGGAGAGAAAAGGACAGCGGGGAAUAAGUAGAUGCAAUUGCAAAGCUAAGAUUGUGGUUGUGAAGACAAAUGGUAGCAAGAAGUAUACCAUAUCUCUUUUUGCAGAGGGACAUAAUCAUAAGAUUACACCCUCAGAAAGAAUGCAUUUAUUGAGAUCACACCGUCGUAUUUCAGAUUCUACAAAAGUACUCACAAGACAGUUGGGUUUGGUUAAUAUUCCCAUUAAUCAGAAGGUAAGUAUUUUCGAGGUGCAAUCCAGAGGAAUGGAUAAAAUCGGUUUUAUCAAAAAAGAUAUCUACAAUCUUGAAUGUAGUGUGAAUGGAAAGCUGAGGAACAACGAUGUUGAACUAGUGACCGAGUAUUUUAUGGCUGAACAGAAAAAUAAAAUGAGGCUUUUUAUUUCAAGAUUAAGGGAGAUCGAUAACAGGUUUAGUCGAUGUUUUUGGGCAGAAGCAACUUCUAGACGGGCGUACGGGUUUUAUGGAGAUGUUGUUGUAUUCGAUACUACAUUCAACACGAAUCGAUACGACUUGACAUUUGCACCAAUGUUGGGAGUUAAUAACCAUAGUCAGACAAUUGUCUUAGCAUGCGCAUUUUUUGAGCAAGGAAACGACUGA